AUGACGGAGAAAACGUGUCCAUCUACAGAAAGGAUCGCGGAAGAAAAGGUUUUAUCUAUCCGUGAGAUGGCGCAAGAAGGCUUCACUGGUGGUCAACUUGACGCGUUCCUCAGAAAUCUGCAAAGGGCUUGCGAUAGAAACGACACACAACUGCUUGAUCGACUGAUGGAUAAAGCGUUGGAAGCUUCCCUAGCCAAGGCAGAAGGCAACACCACAUCUGACGAUAAGGCAAAGCAGACGGAGAACAACAAUACCGCAGGCUAUCUGGCGCAGCAACAAGAACACGCUUUGUCCCCGUGGAAACGAAUGCAGACAAUGGCAAAGAACUUCUGGAGAAAGCUUACCGACAGUUACUGCAAAAAUGAAAGCAGUGAGGCAGCAAAGAAAUGCUUCAUUGAAUUGGCAGAGAUUGGUCGCCUAACGCCAACAGAGGUGAUGAUUGGCCAGUACCUUUUCUUUGCAGAGGACCCCGCAUAUGCCUUGGAAUGCCUCAAGACUCUCCUUUUCAAUUGCGAAGAGGAGUACAGAGUCCAAUUCCACAACUGGGGAUUGGUUGAGAGUUUCGACCCCGUCAAACAAGAGAUGUACGGAGCACGAGUGGAGAAACUCCAAUACCCUCUGUUCCCGGAUAUACCGGAAUUUAGAAAGUUAAACGCCGAGUUACUCCGCCCGACCAAAGGCACCCUUCACGGGGGAUCCUCGGAUGCAACGCCGGAGGCCGAAAAGUUGUACGACCUGAAGCGGGAAGGUGUUCUUAGCGGCGGUGGCUACACAGAGGCCAUUUACGAUGCCCAUGGGCAACAGAUUGCUGCCAUGGACAUGAGUAAUACCGAGCAACACUUGGCCCUCCUAGCGACGAUGGUGAAGGAUCUGCAGCGCAAGCAACGCCACCACACAAGCACACCAACCCCAGCUAUUCACACAAAUGGGGGUGGACGCAGGGGACGCGGAGGCGCAGGUGCAGGAGUAAACAAAGGACGCGGAGUUACCUUUGCCACAAGCAGGCCGUAUCAGUACAGAGGGGGUGGCGAAUCUGCGGACUGCGAGUUCGACGAACCCAACCCAAAAAACGUGCAUCCCCCGUCGGAAAGGAAACAGCAGUAA